GGCAUCUCAAUUAAGCACAAAUUAAUCCCAGCAAACAACUCUUAAGAGGAAUGAAAGGCUUGUCAGUUUGGAGAGCAGGAUUGCUGUCUUCUGUCAUUCUUGUGUCCUACGUUGCCAUGACACUUGAUCUAACCGAGAUGAGACACAAAAAUUCAAGGAUGACGCUUUUUCCAAGAGGAGUAUUGUGGGCAACAGGUCAUUUCAUGGGCAAGAAAAGUGUGAUGGACACUGCACUGUUGAAGUGUCCUUGUGAGAUUGGAGCAGUUGAUGGUUCCACGCACAAGAUGAAAACUCUGCAGGCGCUCUUUAGCAAGAGGCCGAAAAUAAGCCAGCGUGAAGAAGAGAGACACCCUGCUUGAGGAACAUGCCCACCAACCUUCCUCGCCAUAGAUGGAACAUAAAUGUAUUAUGUACUGUAUAUGUACCUGUAUCACAGUGGGGUUAUUUUGACAAGAUUUGUGGAACUUUCAAUCUAAUGGUAUUUACUGUAUAAAUAAACGAUCUCUCUCAAAUGGGUAUCUUUCCGUUUACAGAAGUACUGUGUUUAUAUUGUACUUUAUCUUAGCGCCCCCUAUAUGUCAGAUCAAAUAUGUUUUUUAAAAAUCACAUCCGGGUCAGUUAAAACAUGCUGCUAUUCCUUACUUCCCUUACGUUACUAGCUCAUAACUAAGUAGCCAUGCCUUUAAUAAUAAUGUGUGGUUAUCCAUGUAGUGGCAAAACGAGAAGAACGGAAGAAUUAAAAGCUUAUUUUCAACAAAACACUGACAGAAAGAUUCACGUUGUGGCGGACUCAGUUCUGGCCGUUGACAAGAACGCCGUGUAUGCAGAUUCUCAGAAGGAAAAACAGGUCCGAGCUGCACUAAAAGCUGAAGUGGAAAGGAAAGUCAACAAGGAUGACAUUGUGAUAUUGGAUUCAUUAAACUAUAUUAAAGGCUACCGCUAUGAGCUUUUCUGUCUCAUAAAGCAUGCACAGACACCACACUGUCUGGUAUACUGUUUGACAUCAGAUGAUGUGAGCUCAGCGUGGAACGCUAGCAGAGAUGCAGAGGCACAGUAUACACAGGACAUCUUUGACGCAUUAGUUCUGAGAUUUGAAGCGCCUGACUCCAGAAACCGGUGGGACAGUCCACUUUUCACCAUCCUCCAAGAUGACGAGCUUCAAUUUGAAGCUAUAGCUGACGCUAUUUUUAAAAGGAAAGCUCCACCGCCCAAUCAGUCCACACAAAGUCAACCGCUGUCAUCUGCAAACUUCCUGUACGAGUUGGACAAGAUCACACAAGAUGUGUUAAUGGCAAUUUUUAAUGCACAGAAGACAAGCGUUCCUGGGGAUCUUGUUUCAGUUCCUGGGACAACAGAAAAAAUUGAGCUGACCAGAAGCGUCAACAUGGCUGAGCUGCGCAAAUUCCGGCGACAGUUCAUCAGCUACACCAAAAUGCACCCAACAGAGAACACGGGACAAAUUUCCAAUAUGUUUGUACAGUAUUUAAAUAAGAGCUUUCAUUAAAGCUUCAUUGCCUUUUUCCUUUUUAAGUUUGUCAAAUAUUAAAAUUAUAUUUUUUAUAGUGUGUGAUUAUAUUUCAGCUUGAUAUCUAU